CGAAUCUUCCUGCCCGUCCAUCACAAAUCUGUCCAUUAGGGGAACACCAUGCGGUGGAGAAGAUGGUUGUGGAUUAUCCCUACUCAUCGGGAAUGUGAGAGAACCUCCAAAUACAUGUUCGUUCCUUGCUUCCCAAAUGUUCCAAAGGCAGAAGAAUUUUUGCCUAUUGGAAUGGAAAGGUUCCGACGACUCUUUCAUCGCGAAAAUCCAUUGCGUAAGGUUUCGAGGAGGGGAAAAAGCCGAGACAACAUGAUUCCAAGUCUCCACAGAAUGAGGGCAGGUGAAAAGGUAAUGGAUCUCUGUCUCCACCGCCUCCCCACACAGUUGGCAUCUGGGAUUGGGAGAGCAUCUUCUGUGAAAGAGAUUGAAUUUUGUUGUCAAAAGUUAUUGUUAUAACCGUUACAAACUUGAAAGUUGUGAGUCUUGUGACCAUUGAGGUGUAUUUUGUAUAAUAUAUUUAACAGUUGUCUAACUAUGUAUGACG